UGUUUCCGUGUUCUGAAAAAAAUACAUCAUCGUGAGAAAAGCAUCUGUACGUGGACGAAGUGGACUAGAAUAGGGACCGUUUCAAACGCAGUUACUUGUAUACUUUAAACUACCAACUAGUUUUCAUCACGGUCAUGUCUGCAGCUACCAUACAAAAACUUGUCCAGCGUGCAAAGCAAGCGGACGAUAUUAUUGCCCAGUUAAAAGCGCACAUCGAGCAAGUGAAGAAAGCAGCUGCUUUAAGUGUGAGUAAACCAGAAGAAACACGUGUAAGUGCUGAAAAUGAGACCCUGAGAGCUAAGAUCGAAAGGCUAAAACUCACUCUUGUGUUAACAGAAAUCAAGAAUGGAGUCAAGCAGAUACAACUUCCUGUGAAGAGACCGAAGAUGGAGGCAGUUAAGACUGAAACACCAGGGGCACCAACCUCUAAUGUCCAGGUGAAGACUGAAAAUGUAACCAAGGAAACUAAACCAAAACAAGAAAAACAGGCCAAGGCUGCUACAACCGAGGACAAAUCUCCUGAUGAUGGAAAGCCCAAAGGUGGCAAGGGAGCCCCGACAGGGGACGGAGAUGCAGACCGGCCUAUUGACAUCUCGAGACUCGACCUGCGAGUGGGAAAGAUUGUUGACGUCAAGAAACAUCCUGACGCUGACAGCCUGUACGUGGAGGAAGUAGAUCUGGGGGAGGGGCAGACCCGCACCAUUGUGUCUGGCCUCGUAAAGCAUGUUACACUGGAGGAGAUGCAAGGCCGUCUGGCUGUGUUCAUGUGCAACCUGAAGGCAGCCAAGAUGAGGGGGGUGAUGUCCAACGGCAUGAUUAUGUGUGCCAGCUCACCGGAGAAAGUGGAGAUCCUUGUACCACCCCCUGGGGCACAGAUAGGGGACAGGGUCAACACCAAGGAGUAUCCAGGUGAGCCAGAUGCCUUGUUGAACCCAAAGAAGAAGAUCUGGGAGACAAUCAAGCCUGACUUGAAGACGGACGCUAACAAGGUGGCCGCCUACAAGGGGGCACAACUCCGUAUCGAGGGCAAGGGACCCCUUGUGGCCCCUACCAAGGCUAACACACAAAUAUCAUAACCCUUGUGCAGUGUUGAAAACAGUAUGCAAUGCAUGUAUAGUGAACUUCUACUCAAACCUGUUGGAAGACUUAUGACAACAUGUUGAUUACAAUUAUUGGAAUGUUAGUUUGUGAUGAUGCUGACAAUGGAAUUAUUAAGGAAACAAAAAGUUAUUAUGAUAACAUAUGUGCUCAACUCUAUUGCAAGUGUGUAGUUUCAUAACAUAGAAAAUUCUUAUGGAAACAAGCUAUCUUGUGCAUUUUGGAAGUUUGUUCAUCGUGAAGACUUCAUACUUUGAAGCUCAAUUACUCAAAGAGUGGGUGAGCUUUCUAACUUUUAAACAGCUUCUGUUUUCUCAUUUGAUCUAAGUUUUCAUAGAUGCCUUUGACCAUUAAUAAUUUACCUCUGUUCUGUCUUUAACUCAAACAGCCCAUGUCACAUUGCACAAUUUUGUAUUCUGGCACAGUCAUGCCACUUUUCGCCUCAAUUUUAAGUUAAAUGGGCCUUUAUACAGACUUUGGCAUGUAUUGAAGUUUGUCAUGAAAUGCUUUAUAUUACAUUUGAUCUAAAAAGCUCCAGUAAAAAUCAAGAAAAAAAUUUAAGAAAGAAAAAUAACAACCCUGAACUGGGGCUGAACCACUGACCCCUGGAGUAAGUCUAUCGCUUAAACCACUUGGCUAUCCGUGCUGUGCUCAUUCAAAUAGUGAUGUAUUUUUUAUUCUUUAUAUAAGCAAUCCUCGUAGUAUCACAAAAUAUAGCGACAACAACAGAACUCUCCAAA